AUGAAUCGUUUGGCAGCUCCAGUUCGAAGACUCGCUGUUCGCCCGGUUCAGCAGAACAUUUCCGCGCGAACCCUCCUUACCAAGCCAGUCACAAAGGUUGCUCCUCGACGAUCGCUGGGUGCCUUGUUGGUUCUUUUCCCAAUGUUCUUCGUUUCGGCCGACAUGUUCGCCAUGUUGCUUUGGGGUGAGUUGAGCUGCAUGUGGAUCCAGCAGUACAUCAACGGCAUCUACGCAGUCUGGCUUCUCGCCUUUGCCAUUAUGGAAGCUUCUGUCUGCUGCUGCGUUCUUUUCCACCCUUGA